AUUGAAUCGCAACAACACUCUUUACCAUCAUCUCUAGUAUCGGUAACGAGACCGAUACAACCAAUAUCACCUCCAUCGUUGCCAUUAUCAUCUACAAAUUCAAUAAGACCCUUGGGGGAAUCGUUUGACGCGUCAGUAGACUAUCAAUCACGAGAGACAAAGCCACCAUUUUCUUAUGCGUCUUUGAUAGCUCAGGCAAUCAAUUCAUCCCCUAUCAAAAAGCUGACAUUGAGUGGCAUAUAUAAUUAUAUAACGACGCAUUAUCCCUUUUAUCAGUUGGCUCAAAACGGAUGGCAGAAUUCUAUUCGUCAUAAUCUCUCAUUAAAUAAAGCAUUCGUUAAAGUUCCACGUAACGAUAGUGAACCUGGCAAAGGCGCUUUUUGGACAAUUGACCCUGAAGCAGAAGCCCAAUUCUUAAAUGGCGUAUACAAAAGAAACCGAAGAGUAAGCCUAAAAAGCAUACGACCAGCAGCAGCAUCGACAUCACCUUAUUAUGUAAAUACAACUCCUGCUGCUGCUUCUGAAAAAUCAUCGCCAUUAUUGUUGCAUCGAAAAUCAAAAACUGAGUCGUCAGAGCGGGAUGAUGGUAGUAUUAACAACAACAAUAAUAAUGGAAGUAUGCCCUUUUCUUUUCAGAUUCCAAUUGUUAAUCAUAUUCAUCCGAAUCAUCAACUUAAUGGCACAAUGUUAAAUUCGACGAGCACAUCAAAUAAUGGGAUGAAUGGAUUGAACUCAAAUCACCAAAUUGGCUCCAAUUUAUUUCCUGUUCAAUCGUUGUCAUCACCUGGAAUACAAUUUAAUAAUGGGAUGAUUCCGAACGCGGGGAUGAUGGUUUCUUCGGAUUUAUCAUCGAAACCAAUAUCACCAACAACAAAUCUUUUGCCAUCUACGAAUAGUUCGCUUUCUCUCGCCGACAAUAACAAUGAUGAUAAUAGUGGCGAUAAUACUUAUACUCGAGUUACACAAUUAUCAAAUUCUAAAGACACAGCCUCUAACGAUAAUGUUGAACAGUCUCCAAUCGAUACAGAAAUAAUAACGACUUAUUCCCCUCCUGUGGUAAAAAAAGAAGAGAAACUCUACGAUAAGCAACAAGAACAAAAACAAUUAUCGGAAAUACCAAAAUCUCCU